AUGUCGCAAAGGCUGCUGCUGAGCAGUUUGUGUCUGCUUUGCGUCUCCAGUUUUUUGCUGUACAGUGGAGUGGUCGCACAAACCGAGCACAGCUUAACGUUUGACCGCUCAUCAACUGUAGUCACCGUUAAUUUGAAAACCCGUGAACUUCGCGUCACGAACUCCGGUCUGGUGGUGCAACAGAUCCGUCUCAGUUCUAAUUUGGAUCCGGCAGCCCAAUACACCGAAACAGCGGACGGAUUUACGCUCACGAACGUCGCUACGGAUGGGACAGUGUUGGAACUGGCAAAGGAAGUAGACGACGCCAGUUACUCACAGUUUUCCGUGAUAAGAAAUGCCGUACCCUCGAAUGUUAUGAUCGUCGACUGUGCCAAUCUGCUCAGCACGCAAUGGUACGGUGGACCCCAGCAAAAGCAUCAGUACUGGCCGGUGCAAAAGCUGCGCUUCGACCGCUACAGCAUGCUAUCGAAGGAGGCGAACAACAGUGCGGUCGGUGACCGUUACUGGCUCAAUGCACUCGGUUCGUUCCUGUACGUCGACCCAUGGGCACCGUUGUUCGUCGAUCAGAACUAUGGUCAGCCGGGGUUUAUGUGUCUGGAGACGCGAGCGGUCUUGCCGUACGAUACGUACGAACCAAGCUACGACGUGCGCUACACGAUCGGUGUGGGUGCGAAUGCCCGCGCGGCACAUAUGAGUGCCGUUGGGCACAUCUUGGGAAAACCAUCCGGCCAUCCAGCGGAAUCGAUGGUAACGGAACCGAUCUGGUCAACGUGGGCCCGGUACAAGCGUGACAUUAAUAGCGAGGUUGUGCUCAAGUUUGCCGGUGAGAUUAUCGGCAACGGAUUCGGCGGCCAGUACGAACUGGACGAUGAUUGGGAAUGGUGCUAUGGAGCGCUUACCUUCAAUCGCACCAAGUUCCCGGACAUUCUCAACACGAUCACCACGAUCCGUGAGCUUGGUUUCGCCCGGACGACGCUUUGGAUUCAUCCGUUCAUUAACAAGGGUUGCGAACCGUGGUAUUCUGAGGCCCGCAGGCGGGGCUAUCUUGUCGCCGAUCACUCGGGCAACACCGAUACCGAAUGGUGGAACUCGGUGCGCGGUCAGGCGGCGUAUAUCGAUUUCACUAAGGCGGAAGUUCGCGAAUGGUUCAGCAACCGGUUGCAGGCCAUCCUCGAUGAGUCCAGCAUUGACAGCUUCAAGUUUGAUGCCGGCGAGAGCAGUUGGACUCCACCGGACCCCGUGCUAAAUGGGCCGGCCGGCCGUCGACCAAGCCAAAUUGUCGGCGACUACCUACGUACGGUGGCAACGUUCGGCGAUCUGGUCGAGGUGCGGUCCGCUCUCGGUACGCAGGAUCUGCCCGUGUUUGUGCGCAUGAUCGACAAAGAUUCGAACUGGGGCUGGAACAAUGGGUUGCCGACGCUCAUCACCACGCUGCUGCAGAUGAACAUGGUCGGCUAUCCGCUCGUACUGCCGGAUAUGGUCGGUGGCAACGGUUACGACGAUAGUCCACCGACGAAGGAAAUGUUUAUCCGGUGGCUGCAGGCGAACGUAUUCAUGCCGAGCAUACAGUUUUCGUUUGUGCCGUGGGAUUUUGACAGCGAAACGGUCACCAUUGCGCUUGCCAUGACCGAGCUGCACCGCAGCAUAGCACCAGUGAUCAUGCAGCGUUUUGCACUGGCCGUCUCGGAUGGGUUACCGGUGAAUCCCCCGCUCUGGUGGAUUGCUCCGGACGACCCCACUGCCCAGCAAAUUUACGACCAAUAUCUGCUCGGUGAUGACAUAAUUGCGGCACCGGUAAUAGUGAAUAAUGCACGGGUCCGUGACAUCUACCUGCCGACUGGUUCCUGGACAGAUGGUAACACCGGCGCUAAGCACACCGGACCAAAAUGGUUACGAAACUAUUCGGUUCCCCUGUCAAUGGUACCGUACUUCACCCGCACAGUAUAG